AUGAGGUCUGUAGCCUGAUGAGACAUGACAUUUGCUUUACACACAAGGAGCCUCUGGUGUGUGCGAACAGCUCUAACGACCCAGAGGAGUUUUUCCUUGCGAUAAUAGACCAUCCGCCGAGGGAGACGAUUGAAGAGUCGAUGAUGUAUUCGACAGAAAUACCAGCCAUCAAUGUCAGUAAGAGAAGAAGGUAGGUGUGACUUAUGAAUGCUGUGUGUGUUGUGUGAUAGGAAAGUCGACAGCUGACGCCGCUUGGAGCACAGACGGCUCCCUUUGGAUCUGUACACUGGGAAGCUGCCUAUUUUGGCGUGCGAAUUUGGUCUGACAAACCAAGUACGCAAUCUCUUUGAACGACGUUAGUGAUUGUUACGAGCAACAGAUAAAUUUGCACCAUUUGCAUGAAUCUCGCAGGCUCUCAGUAUUGCCGCAGCAAUGUCAGUUGGGGCCCCUUCUAAAGCGCCAUUUCACGAGAAGGACAAGGGCGACGCGGCUCGAGAAACACUCUCAGGUAAAUCAAGUCAAAAGACAGGUGAUGCACUGCGAUUUCGCAAAUGUCUUAUUCAUAUUGGUCAGGAUUUGGGGUCCAAAGCGAUCACGCAGCCGCCAUGAGGGCCUUCAGGCGGUGGCACGAUAUACAUGUCGAGAGUGGUGAGUAAAGGGUGGAUGCACUGGAAACCAGCAGGGAGUCAACACCUGACCAAUUUUUGUCUCUCGGUUGUGUUUCUUUGCUCUCAGAGCUGCGUCUGCGUGAGAGCGUCGCUGAGGAGCCGGCUAGCCCGCCAUUACCGGAACCCCCCAUCACCCCUUCGUCACCCCCACCAGCACCAGCACCCGCACCGGUGCCAACGUCGCUGGCUAGCGUGGACAGCACCACCCCACGGCUGCGUCUGGCAGCAGACAUGGUGUUUGAAGGGGCCAAGAGGCUGAGCGGAGGCCGGGGGGACUUCGACGUCCUCGCCGAAGUGUUGCGGCAGGAUGGCACUAUCCGGGGCGUGGAUGCCAUCCUGAAGCACGUGGCGACCUCGGCUGAGAAAACGUCUGAGCGGGUGGGGGAGGAGGGGCGGGCGACAGUGUUGCAGCUGAAUAGGCGUCGCAAGUGGGAGGGCGCUCGGCUGCAGGAGGCCGCACGGGAGGACACCAAGCCCCAGCUGCGCUACAACGCAGCCUGCGGGUUGCUCACGCGCGACGGCACUCGACGGGCGGACCCCCGUGUGCUGGCACUAGUGCCGGACGCCGCGGUGCUGCGGCCUCAGGUGGUGUUGGAGGGCGAUGCUGUUGUCAUGGAGAAGAUAGAAGACGGUAUAGCAUUAAGGACCCAGACAGACAGACAGACAAGAAGGAUCCAGAUGCCUGUCUCUUUCCUUUCCUCUGUGUGUGUGUGUCGGAUGGUUCCAUCUGCGCAGGCACGUCUGUGUAUGAUUAUGCGGCCGAUCCCGGGCAGCGUCACCCCGUCCUCGACGCCGUCAUCGGCGUCAAUACGGCCGAGCAGAUGCUGGCCCUCCGCGCACGUGGCCUCAGCCACAACGACAUGCACUGGCUGAAUGUGCUGAUGCGAGGCCGUAUGGGCGAGGUGGCGCUAUCGACAUGGAGUGUGCCCGCUUCCUGUCACCCACCCACAUGCUCGUCGCCCUGCCCCCGGCCCCCAUGGUCAGCCUCGCCCAUAUGAAGGCCGUCCACGCCAGGCAGAGCGAUGCCGAGCAGCCCACCUUCCCCACCAGCACGGCAUAUGACUACUGCUGUCUCGCGUGGAUACUGCUGCUGCUCGCCCUGCCCAUCACCGAUGCAGCUAACGACCUUCUUAAGGAGGCGGAGAACGACCUGCGGGCUGUCGCACAGAAGUGCGGUGCUCGGGCGGGCACGUCGAGUGAGCUGGUGGCCGAGUACAAGGCGGCCAUGCAGAAGGCCUACAGGGCGGCCAUGCAGUGCACACCACCGUCGCCCAUCAGCGGCCCCGCACUCGAGUUUUUCCUCAAGGUGGUGGUGUUCGGGCAAAUCUGCAGCGAGGGAGGGAGGAGCAGGCGGCCAGGGACUUCUGCGCGAAAACGAGUACAGGUACGACACACCACACCACACACCACACACACACGCUGCUCGACGGACAACAUCCUGCUCACUCUCUCUGUGUGGGUGUGUCAGCGGUACGGAAGUUGCUAG